CAGAAGCACACACACAAACACACACAGAGCGCAGGAGACAGAAAAGCAACCAGGCAGAGAGGGGAGCUGGCGGGCUGGUGGCCUUGCAUAACACACAUUGGAACAGCCUUGCGCGCAAGUCUUGGUGUGAUCUCCAGCACUGGGGGACUUCCUUUACCAUCGGACCACUGCAGGGACAGCACAGCCUCGCAAACCAGAUUCUACAGAGAAGGAAGGCAGAGCUGGAGGAGUCACAGCAUAAGCUCCACGAGAAGAGAGAACCACAAAGGAGAUAUUCAGGAAGAGGAGUCCGAGGAAACACGUCUUCAACACACACAAAAACACACACGCUGAUAGACAGGAAGAAUCCUUGGACAUGCUCUGCAAGCAGUGGCUGUGGAGAGACUGAUUCCUGUUGACAUCGUAAAAGAGGGGGAUUUGUCAGAGAUGAUUCCUCAUGAAGUUUAUGGAGCUCAGUUUGUGAGCUGGAGUAACUUCAUCUUCUCCUGUGUGAGACCUGGAGCUGUCCAUCAGUGAACACAAGAAGAGCCAACGUAUCAGAGACCACAGAGAGGCUCAUCGCUGCACAUAAACACCGGGCAGAGUUAAGAGUGUUUGGAAGCAACCUCAGAGGAACAUAAAAGUAAGACGAGGAAACUUUCAGAUCACAGCUGCACAAUGAAAGCAAAUCAAGAGCGGAGCAAUGGAUGCCUGCCUCCUAAGAAGCGUGAGAUCCUGGCUCUGGAGCAGAGGCCAGUAGUAGUAGCUGCAGCAACACCUCCUGCUGUAGUGGCCACCGACAGUCCCCAUACUGAGAACUUAGCAUGGCUAGCCAGUGUGGCAAGUGAACGCUGUAAGUCCAGGGAUGCAGAGAGUCCAAGAUGCCCUCUCCCCUCUACUUCAUCAUCUUCUCCUUCCACUUCUAUCCCUUCCCCAGCGACUCCCCUGUCUGCAGUGCCCUUAGCCUCUCUCCCCGCAGUUUACCCGACUGCUCUUCCCCAGCAAGCUGGGACUAUCCAGUUAGCUCAGCUGGGACCAAAUGUGCAGUUCAUUAGCUCUGGUCCCUACACUGGAUACAUCUCCUCUCACAUCAUCUCAACUAAUAGUGGUUCUGCACCAAACAGCUCUGCCAUAGUAGGACAACGUGGCCAGCUAGAUGGUUACACCACUGCCCUUGUCUCCCCCAACACCAAAGGUGAACAGCAGUUUCAAAUAGGCCUCUCCCCUACAGAGCUGGCUCCUGUGUCACUUCCAAGCUCCCCACAACUCACCAGCCAGUACAUCCAUCUGGAUAGCAGAGCACCUCUGACAGUCAGUGGAAAUGCUGUGACGUCACCCACAGCCCACCUCCAGCUUCACCCUCAAACAACUGUCCUCCCCCAGACGCUCACACUUGCUCCUUCACAGCUCGUGGUUCAAUAUGCAGAUGGUUCAGCUGGAAAGAAACCAGAGGGACAUGCUAAGGGUGUGUUGAAUGGGGAAUCAGAGGUGGUCAAACAGGCAAAAGCCUCUAGUCAGCCAGCAAACCAUCAGCAGGUCCAGAGCUAUGAGGCCAGACAUGUCCUUCUACCUGCUGACUAUGGCCAAAACCCUGCAGGGCUCCAAACCUCCUAUGUCCUUGUUGCCCAACCUAACCACGGAGCUGAACAUGAAACUGGCUCUAAUAAAAUCUCCUUAAUCCAAACUGAGAAAGGAAGCAUCUGUUUAGGGAAACCAGUGAACAGAACAUCCACUUUCACUGCCUUUUCUUCCUCAGAGGUGGUGAAGUCUGUUGCUCCCCAUACUGUCAUCCAGACCUCUCUGUCCCCUGAAGAGCUACCAGCCAAUCUCUAUUCAUCCACGCAGCCACCCAUCAUCGGCUAUAUCACCAGUGCAAACCAGCAUGCUGUCAGUUACCAUGCAGCCCUGCCCCAGCACCUGGUCAUCCCAAGUGGUCAAUCCCUCCUUAUUCCAGUCAGCAGUGCCAACAACGGUACGGAAAUGGAGGUAAAUCGUACCGUCAAUGCCCUGACGGCAACCACUACUCCUCAAAUAUCCACUGCCAUGCCCCAUGCCUAUCUGGCCACUGCCCUGUCCAAGUGUGAAAUCCUUGGACCAGAUGGAAACCAACCACCUCCUGCAGUGGCACAGCCUCCAGCUUUGCCAGUACUGCCCUCAAACUCUGUUCCCGCAGUGGUGGCAACUCCAUCCCCUGCUCCCACUCCUGUUCCAACUCCUGCUCCCACCUCCAUCCAAACCUCCCCUUCAGUCCCUCCUUCCUCUUCGCCUGUGGCACUUCCUCCAUUCUUUAUGCGAGGCUCUAUUAUCCAGCUGGCUGAUGGGGAGCUAAAGCGUGUGGAGGAUCUCAAAACAGAAGAUUUUAUUCAGAGUGCUGAGAUCAGCGGUGAGCUGAAAAUUGACUCAAGCACCGUGGAGCGCAUUGAUAGUGGACAAAGUCCUAAUGCCGUGGUCAUACAGUUUUCUGUGGGGGAGCUCAAAGCCCAGGUGUGUGUGGAGGUGCUGGUCGAGUAUCCUUUCUUUGUAUUUGGCCAGGGCUGGUCGUCUUGCUGCCCUGACCGCACCACACAGCUGUUUGAGCUGUCCUGUGCUAAGCUGUGUGUGGGUGAUGUGUGUGUGUCACUGACUCUCCGCAGCUUGAGGAAAGGAUCGCUAACAGACAGUUUGGGGAACAAGCUGAAGACCGGUCAUCUCUCUGACUCCUCUCAUAACGUGGAUCCUAAUGUGAGGAACAGUAUGAGUCCCAGCACUGCGGGCAGCAAUGGUGGUCUCCUCAUGAAGGCUUCCAGUACUGAGAGGAUGGAGAGGCAGCAGACUACUGGUCCUGGACCAGGAGUGGGGCUAUCAGCAGGAUUAGGAUCGGUUUUAGGACAGUCAGAGGGGAUCUACAGAUCAGGACCCAUGCUGGCAGUGCUGGGGACUGCAGAAGUAAGACAGGAAUCAGUGAAAACAGACAUGCCUGCCCUCUCUAGACAACAGGGUGUCGAUCCAGAGAGACCCUCAGUCCGCAAAAGACGCUGGUCAGCUCCAGAGCGAGAUCAGACUGAGAGAGCUGAAGAGGAGCCUCCUGUGACUCUGCCAAAACCCUCCUUUAUCCCCCAGGAGGUCAAAAUCAGCAUAGAGGGCCACUCCAGUACUGGAAGUGAGAGAUGCUUGAAAAAAAGAGUGGACUGUUAAGAGAACUUUUAAAUCCCCGAUUUUUGCUUUGUGUUAAGCUUCCCCUCUUUUCACUCUGUCCGGACUACUGUAAUAUAGACUGAGUUUACGCAGUAUUUACAUGUUUCUUUUCCUUCACAUUAGUCUAUGAAGUACAGGAGAGCACCUUCAUAAGUGGUAUCACACACAAGAUCAGUGCAAUCAAUGCUGAAAGCAAAAAUGAAUGCAGUGUGAAUGUUGAGUAUGAAUGGCAGUCAGACAUCUGAGAGGCUUGAGUGUUACAAAUGAUAAGCUGAAUCUUCGUCAUGGGCUUAAACCUGUUGGAUGCAGACCUAUCAGCCAUUUCCCUUAUUACCUGAUUAAGCACAGACCUGAUGUCAGUGUGUGGUAAGUGGGUAACUAUAUUUUGAGCCUGUCCAUUUUACAGUCUAAUUGUGGUGACAUGACUUAGAGUCAAGUGAGAGACAGACUCUUGGUGUUUUAAUGAUAACAGUGUAGGCUGUUAGCUGUGCUGUCUUGUGUAUAUGAUAAAGAAUUUAAUUUUAUAUUGUUAUCUUUCAUUUUCAUACCAUUGUAAAUGAGUGAGCUGCUGCGAGUGGCCUAGUUCUUUUGUGUUGCUAUGCGUUUAAGCGUAUGUGUUGGUUUGUAUGCAUUUUUCUUUGUGUGUGCCUAACAGAGUACAGGUUAGAAUACGUUUGUGAGGCUGGUAGCUGUGAACUCAGUCAAUGAUAUACAAAUCGAGAUUGAAAAGGCCUGAAUGUAAACCACCUGAAACUCACUAAACAUGGGCUGUUUGUGAUGCAAAUGAAGAGUUUGCUGGAAAUGUGAUACUAAAUUUGAUGCAGUGCAUUUCCAAGAUGUGGAUGACAGCAGUUACGUAUAGGUGAAUUCCUCAUUUGUCUUUACUUUCCUAUCUUGACCUUUAAUCUCAUGCUUUCUUUCAGUGACUACAAUUUUGUUAAAUUGUACAGAAUUUUAGAUCAAUACAAGUGAAAAAUUAAGGUAAUUUUAUCUUAUAUUAUAGUCAAAACGAUAUAAGUUCAGUAACUGCAGCAAGAAAAGCUUCUUGAUAAACUGCAUCAUUUUAUAGUUUUUGAUAUGUGGGGAUUGUGCAAACUUAGUCAUUACAGAGCCUAAAUAAACAUGGAAAACAUGAUGAAAGUUAGUCAUUUAAAAACAAGAUGAAAGAAAGAAAAAAAAACUGAAUUUAAAUAAUAAUAAUAAUAAUAAUAAUAAUAAUAAUAAUAAUAAUAAUAAUAAUAAUAAGAAGAAGAAGAAGAAGAAGAAGAAGAAAGUGGAACAUUGCUUUGGAUAUUGUGUUCAUCUUAAGUUAAAGGAGAUUUCUCUCUCUCUCUUUUUUUUAAAGGAGUUAGAAACCUUUCUCAGCAAAAAAGACUUUUCCAAACCCAUGAACUGUAAAACAAAGAACUUGAACAAUGGAUUUACUUUAUACAACAAUAUGUCUUCUUUUAUUUUAUGAUUUAUUUAUUACGAUCUAUACUCUAAGUAUAAGGAAUAAAAGAAGAAAAAUGCUUCAAAACAGCACUGCCAUCAGUCACUCAGAGCAAAAUUAGCAUGUAUUUUUAAAUUCAAUCUUAUAAUUCCAGUUUAUUACUCUCCUUUUUUACUUAAGUUGUGUCUUUACCUGCUCAUUAAGAGUACAUUUAGCUCUUGGUGUUCUACAGUACUGCUAACCUGCUUGUCUGUUGUUUUGGUGCAAGGGAAGAAGUAAAUUUAUCAGAGCUUUUUCCACCAAAAAAAACAAAAAACAAAAAAAAAACAAAAAUCAACAAAUAAGCUAAAGGAUGCUAAAAAGCUAAGUAGAACUGGAAGGAAUUGCAGUGGGGUAAUAAAUGUCUAAGGUUUUGUCACUAUGAGUGAUCUCUCGAGUGACCUCGCUUUCUUUACAGAAACUAUGACUGUACAUAUACAGCACGUUAACAGCAGCACAUGGUUUUUAUGGUUUUUACAUUCAAACCUCAAUGCUGGUAUGUACCUUUGGAAAUCCAUACCUGAUAUAUGAGAGUACUGCUAUUUAAAGCAGCAAACUCUUUAUUUCUAUCAGAUUGGUGGACAUGUAAUUUUUUUUUCUUAGAGCAAAGAAAGCUUCUAUAUUUCAGACUCAGGAAAAGUGUGUAUCUGUUAGUGUAUGUGCACAGACAAUGUAUAUCACAGGGUGCGUGUCUGUGUGUUUGUAGGCCUGAUAAAGUAAGUGCAUGUCCACAGCAAUGUGUGUGAGUGUGUUCUGAAAAACAGCACUUUGAUGGAGCGUCCAGAUGGAGUAUAGUGGCAAUGGUUUCCCUCUCCCUCAACUGAUAUAAUGGGAAUAAUGACUGUUUCUCAUCACAUCACAUGUCCUGCAGGUUUGUCACUGAGAGAAAACAUUAUGGAAUGUAAAUGGACUUUGGGCAAACUUUAUUUUUUUGACAAUUUAUAGAGCUACUAUUCUGAGAAAGACAGAGAUGCAGAGUAAACUAGUCAGCUAGUGAUGAUCAUGUACAGUAAUGUAUCUUAGAAAGUGUACAGUGUGUAUUCUAACCUUUAUGUAGCCUAUGUACUGUAUGUGCCACAGCGCCUCCUUCUUCAAUCAUUCCAUUAACUCAUCAUACCAAGAGGUUCUGCUUUUGGUUAUGUCAGCUUGGUAUUAAUUAAAUGUUCAUGAAUGUGCUAUUGCUCUUUGGGGACAUCUACAUAAUCGGGCCUCAGAAUUAAUUUGACUUGGUAACACACAGUUGUUGUUUUUUUUUUUUUGUUUUUAAUAAUGGACUACACUUUAUUCUAAUAGCCAUUAAACUCCUGUAAGCUGUUUAUUGUAAAUCCAGUAAUAUGACUGUUCUGUUUGUGUGUGACUGCUCAGGCUAAACACUGCCCUUUGACUGUUCUUCUCCGAAACUUUAUUGUCUUAUAUCUCAGCUGUUACAAAGUAGAGCAACUAUUUGCCUCAAUAGCCAUUUUCUCUCUCCUUACCUGGCCUGUUUGUACUGUCCUGCAGCAAAAUGUUUUUUAAUCAUUAUAGAUCUGAAAUGUCCAUCAUUAUAUUAAUUCUUGAACAGAGGUGUUUCUAUUUAAAAGACACAGGAGAUGUUACUUUCAUAGACUGGAUAAAGAACGUGGAUGUGGUUUCACUGAAUGGUUUGUGAAACACUCAGAAAUGCUUGAACUUGACAUUUUGGCCAAAUGCAAGUCAUAAAUGCCAAGCAAAUUUUAUUUUUAAUGUCCCUUUUGUUUGCUGCAUUUAUUUAUUUAUUUUUUUGGUCAGAAGUAACCAUAUUCAGAUAAGAUGGAAACAUGCUAAGGUAUCAGCUAAUGCUAAAGCUAAUUAGCUGGUUAUCUAGGUUAAUUCCAAUUAAUACCAUUAAUCCUGGUAUUAACUGGAAUAAAAGAAAUCUGUUUAUUCUCAGUGUUUUUCUAGUUAACAACUGAGGAAGAAACAAAAGCAAAACAACACAUGUUAUAAAAAUGAAAAAAUUUACUUACUAACUGUUAGAAUUUGAGUUACAUCAACUGGAGCACAGGCCAUACUUUAAUUUUACUUAAAAGUGAUAAAAAAGAAAGAAACAUUUCUUCUUUUAGAAAAUGUGUAGUUUUAAUCUACUAGGAAAUGAUGAAAAAUAGCCUCAAUGAAUCAAAACAAUGUGCUAGCAUUUCCAGUCCACCAGUAAAUAAACCUCAUAGCCUGGAGGACAGUUUUGUCUCUUACUCCAGUAUAAAUUUAGCAACAUUACCCUCAUGUUUAGGUCCUUUAUAUCUAAAACCAGAUGACUGACUCAGUUUCCUUUAUCUUGCUGUUUAUUUUAGAAAAGUUAUGUCACAAACUCACUGGAAAUCAGUCCAAUUAACACUGUGACACUGGACAAAAAUAAAAUUUAUUAUUAAUUAUUAUUAUUAUUAUCAAUAAUAAUUUAAUACUUAAUAAAAAAAAAGAAGUUGACACUUUAGUACAGGAGUCUGUUUGGGCCAGAAAUGUUUUUAGCUAUCUUCUAUUGCACUUGAUAUUUUUUUUUGUUGUUGUUUUGUUUUGGUUUUUUGCAUAUUUGAAUUGGCUUUGCUUUCCAGAUCAAGAGGCUACAUCCAUCUUUAUACAGUCUUUUGUCACUCUCCCAUUAAAAAAAAUAAACAAAAUAAAAUCCCUACUCUACCUCAACUGUUCCAUCCCUAAGCUCAUUCAUUCCCACCAAAAACACAAAUCUCUCAAGAAUUGGUCACAAGUUAUUAAAAACUGUUCCACUGACAAAAUAUUUCAUUUACAUAAAAAUUUAUAAAACAUUAUUCAUCAAAGGCCAUAUUUUAGCUAUGGAUUGAUGCAUUUGGUGCUGUGUUAUGUAUCUGUGGCACAAGAAUGAAUUUGGUUAUGGUCAGUAUGAUUGUGCACAAUGUUGAUGCUCAUAAAGAAAACACAUACCAUGGAUUAUAAAGUGUGACCAUUUAUGUUUAUGUUAAUCACCUUUGGACAACAAUAAAUCUGAGUGGCACAAAGUGAUAUGAUUGAUAAAUCUACACAUUCAACAUAUUUGUGAAUACAUUUUUCCGUGGUUCAGACUAUUUAAAGGAUUUGUUGUCAAUGUUAACAUUAUGUUGCCUGCCUAAUCGAAGCUUUGCAGACAUACAGUUUUCCAUGUUAGAGCUCUGCUCAGCUGUCCGUGCUGAGAGUUGAAAUAAGGUUCUUAUAAGAGUCAUAAAAGUGACAUUUCCCCAUUGCACCAGCUGAAAAAACUGUGUUACUGUCUUGAGAGGAGGUCUUAUCCAGAAAAACCAAUGAGAACACCUAAGAAGGUGGAGUGGAGAGGUCACAGUACUGUGUGUGUAGGAGCUUUAAGUUAGACAACAAUACCAAUUCGUUGGGAAGGUUUAGUAUGAAUAAUUUCCUUUUUUCCCACAAACAUGUUUAAGCUUAGCCCCUUAAAAAGGGACAUUUUUACAGCCUUUCUGUACAAUGUCAAAUAUGGCAUAACAGUGCCGCCUUGUGGUGAUGUUUGGAAUUGCACUUUUGACAUGUGGGCGUGGAGGUGUGGGUGGGGGUUAGUGUCAUUAAUACACAGAACUAAUGUACAGUAUGUCUGUGAAAAAUUGUACAAUAUCUGUACAAAAUUUCAAUUAUUUGUAAAUAGUCAAAGUCUUCCAUUAUACUGUUGGUCUGACUUUUUUUGCCAGUGAAGAGGAUAAACCUUCCCCAUGUACAGACUUGAAGCAUCUUUUAUUUCCGAAAUACAUCAUUGUUUAUAUGACAGAAAUACAAGAUAUUGCUUCACCAAUGUUUUCUUUUGCACCAGCUGAAAUACCCAGGAAAUUAUGGGAGUUAAAGACUAAGAUAUUUUGUAAUUUGAGUCUGUUUAGAUAAAUCUCUCGGUAAAAAAGAAAAAAAAGAAAAAAAAAAAACUAAACAAAAAAACAGUAUGUCAUAUGCGUAU